AAUGGUGUUGUUGCUGAUGUAUAUACACCAUUGAUUACUUGUAUCAAAUUUGACCAAUCAGCUAUAAACAUUUUCAAUAAAUGGUACAGGUGCUGAAGUUCAUUGGAUUGGUUCAUUGAACCCGGACAAGACUUGUUUGUCGGAACCGUGUGAUCUCGGAGGCGUAAAUUCCUAUUUGUUCAAGCGGCAAAAUGUCACAAUACCUGUACAUGAAAAUGCUCCUAGCAGAUUCCGUCACUUGCUAACGCCUGUUCCGCGGCCUGUGUAUUGAUCAUCACGACCAUAUAAAGAACUCCACUGCUCUCGAGAGCACAUUCCCGGACGGCCGAUCGGACGGACACAGCCAAGAUGAUACGAACCAUCGGAUUUGUGUUGGUGUACGUCACUGUCUACGUCACAGCAGUAAAAGAAGUAUCUAUUCCUGUCAGUGACAUGUCAGAGGGCACGCGCUGUGACAAAGACUUGGAUAAAGCCGGUACAUGUUUCCAGUGCUCACGACUUCCGGAGGAAAUUGCUGUGCAGUUGACGACAUGCUGCAUGGAGGAUAAGGCUUACGACGUGUGUGAGCGCUGUGUCGGUAACCCGAAGGCGUGCUUGAUGGACGCGUAUAGAGUCACAGGAUCAGACUACAGUCAAGACGCGUCCAAAGAUACAAGCGAAGAAAUGGCCAACAUCGAGUAUCCUGACGACCCCGAAAUACCUUUGGAUAAGAGAUUCGGUACGACAUUCAUGGGAUCGUCUAGGUACGGAUAUCCGCGCAAACGUUACGGGAUGUUGUUUCUCGGCAGAAACAAGAACAGGGGAGGCUACCGGUACGGCUCUCGUGGUAAGCGAUACGGAACCCUAAAUUUGGGAAGUGGUAAAGGUAUGCUGUAUCGCUAUGGAAGCGACAUCAAACGCGCCGACAGCAGUGACGAGGAAUCUAUGAAUAAACGGUACGGAACACUGAACCUUGGAAGUGGGCGAGGACUUAGGUAUAGGUACGGUCGUUAUGGCAAACGAUCCGACGAUGAUGACCAGGAUGACAACAACGAGUCGUUUGAUGACAACAAUGAUGACACUGAACAAAUUGAAAAAAGAUAUGGUACAUUGUUUAUGUCAAGGAAUGGCGGGAGAAAGCGUUAUGGGUCCUUGUUUAUGGGGAAAUCCAGGAACUGGUGAUGAUGAGAUAAAUAAAUGAUGAUGUAGAUAUUUUGUUUACGUGGAAAAAAAUCAUUGUAUAUACUGAUAUGUUGGAUUUCGGAUUUAGAAUCAUUAUAUUUGUGUACAGCUGUAAUUUACCAGGAAACAUCUUACACAUGGUUGAUAUCGAGGGAAGUCACCUGACGUUCUGUUGUCGUCGAGGAUGAGGCGUUUAUAAGGAAUUAUAUACAUGCUACACCGUACCAAUGCCCGUAAACUACCAGCUUUGUGUUUCGUGACUCACUCUCUACCGGCAAAUCUUGUCACUACAUUAAGAGUAAUCAUAAAAUUGAUUUUUCGAAAUAAUUGAAUUAACGAAUAUUUGCUGAUGGUAAUUAAUGAGAUGCUGUACUCUAAAAGUGAAAAUGAUGCUGUCGAUUUUUUCUAAAUGACCUCGAAAAUGUGCAUACGCAAGAAUAGUCAUAAACUAUAACCUAUACAGUUUGGCAGCAUUACGCCAACAUUCCAUAUCACGAAAAGUUUGAACAGUUUAAAAUGUAAAAUAAUACGCCAAUUUUCCCGAGUUUACAGCAUUAAAAUCGAUGAAUUCUUUAAUUUUAGAAUUAAGAUUAAGUUCAAGCUUAAUGUCAUCAUUUUACAAAAAUUCACUUCAAAGGGUGUUUGAUUAAAAUUCUAGUU